UCAAUCAGAAACCAACUCAGCUGCGAGCUGUCUCUCACACUCCAAAUGAGAAGCAUGAGCAACAAAGGUCGGGCAUUGGGCGCGCACCAACACUUCUCAUGCACACGCACGCACCAGAUCGGAGCUCUCCUCCUAGUGGUCUUCACCAAGCUCUUCGACCGUCCCCGCGCUUCUACCGCUACUAGCUUCUCGCCCGAUCUCCUCCGUACAUAUGGCAGACCUCCGCUUCUCACCGACGGCGGAGAUCUCUCAUGGCCUCAGCGCGGCUACGGGCCUCACCUCGACCUCAAAAUUUACGUCUACGAUGAGGACGAGGUCGACGGCUUAAAGGCCCUCAUGUAUGGCCGCGAUGGAAGAAUCACGCCCAAGGAUUGCUUGAAAGGCCAGUGGGGAACUCAGGUUAAAAUACAUAAGCUACUUUUGCAAUCGAGAUUUCGGACAAGGAAGAAGGAGGAAGCUGAUCUGUUCUUUGUGCCAGCUUAUGUGAAAUGUGUUCGUAUGAUGGUCGGUCUUAAGGAUAAAGAGAUUACUGAGACUUAUGUGAAGGUCUUAAAUCAGCUGCCUUAUUUCAGGCUAUCUGGUGGCCGUAAUCACAUAUUUGUUUUUCCAAGUGGUGCUGGAGCUCACUUAUUUAAGUCUUGGGAGAUAUAUAUAAAUCGAUCCAUAAUUCUCACCCCUGAGGUACUGUAUUAUUAGAAUAAUUCUCACUUAUUGUUACAUUUAACUUAAAUGGAAUAAUUCACUCAGUUGACUAAAACCCUCCUCAAGGCAUUGUUAACUCUGGUAAUAUACUGCAUGUGAGAGAUGGCUAUUACUAACACCUGUACCCACUGAGUAGGACUAAUGUUGAUUUGAUGUCUAACACAUAUAUGUACUAUACCUGUAAAUCAAGUUAAAAGCAAGUGAAGUUAAAGUUUUGUCAUUACAUUAGAGUAAGAGACUUUAAAACUCUUUUUUUUUUUAAAACUAGACUCCCCACCUAACCCUACAAUAUUUGGGGACUAGAAAAUUAUAGCAAUUGUAACCUUAGAUCUUGUGAGAGUAAACCACAUGCCUGACCAUUUGAGCUACAGUUCUUGGGUAAGUGACAUUAAAUUUUCUAAUGUCUGGUUUUGCAUAUUCAAACUUUCUUUAAAUAUUCAUAUUUUGUUGCGCACACACACAUAUAUAUAUAAUAAAGACUUUUAUAGCUGGAGCUUACUGUAAUAUCAUGUCCCCUAUUCCUGACAGUAGCUGGAGCUGGUCUGUAAUCUCUUUUCAAUUUCCCUAGAUUGGGAAAAACUUGAACCCUUUGGUCAAGAAGAUCAAUGGGAGACUGUAAUUUUCCCUUGUCACAAAUCUUCCAAUGUGGAUCAAUCUCACCCCACUUCUUAGGUCCUUUACCAGUUCCUUCAAUGUAAGAAAAUGGGCUCUCAUCAUCUGAUACACCAAUCUUAUCCACAGUUAGAUAUGGAGAAAUGGAGCAGUGACUACAACUCUUGAGUUUGUAUUCAUUAAACAAAUAGAUAUCUUUUAUAUCAAAAUGAUUGAAAGAGAAAGACCCAAGUAAAAGGCAUGGAUAUAUUCCAAUGAUAUAAGAAAGUGCAAAUAUAUUAUAUUGAUUAAAAAAAAUGAAGCUAUGAAUCUUGUGCAAGAAAAUAAAAUAAAACAUUAGGGAAACAGAAUCUAUACUUUUCAGACAAAAAGCAAUGAAAAUGAUGCUACGCUAAGGAAACUAAUUCAUUAAAAAAUACAAAAGCAAAGAAUUAAACAAAAGACAGAUUCUACACCUCUAAUUAAGCAAUAAACAGUUGACAUAAUCUAUAGCAAUUUACAACUUAAAAAGAAAAGAAGCUAAUACUUUAUUUUUUUCUCAAGCAAUACAAAAUCCAAAAGGACCCCCAAUGGGACAACAAAUGGUCAAUAUAAAACUUUGCUCGAACUAACAUGUAUGCCAACUGAACAUGUUUUAUAAUAAACAAAAUCAUAAUAGGAUUAUUUUAAUCUGUUUUAUAUAUUUACAUGUGUGUAUAAAGAGUAAGAGAGUUAACAGUCACUGAAUGUAAAAUAAAUGAAGAAGAUUACUGGUCUUAUACCAAGAAACCAGCAUUAGAAAAUCAUAAAUAAAUAAAUAAGCUGUGGUCAUCUUUGUCUAUUGAUUGACUCAUAGUAAAAAGUUGACAUGUUUAGUCUUCAAAACAAAAGAAAAUAUCUAGUAUUGCCAACAUGUUCAAACCAGAACAUAAUAGAUCAGCAAAUAAAUAUGGAAUCUUUACAUCUCUCUCUCUUUCUCUCUUUUUUCUUUGAAGCAGAGAAAAAUUCAUUAAAAAGGUCACAACGUAAUACAUCAAGGUUGAAAUCUUUACAUCUCAUUGAAUUGUUAAUAUAACCAACAUUUCUGUAAAGUUUCAAUUUGGAUUGAUAUAUGGUGAUCUACACUGAACCAAUUAGCAUAAAACAGAAAGAAAAAAACAUUAAAGUUUGAAAAUUGACAAAAGGGAAAAUGUGUUUGGACCCAUCCAAGUAUAUGAUUUCUAUUUUCAGAUCCCAAAUGAUAAAAUAGGAGCCAAAACAACUCUUAUAAAAAGAAACUAAAGAAAGAAAAACUACAAAAAUGGAGAAAGAACAGUAAAGCUUCAAACUUUAACCACCAUUGUGAGCAAAAAUCAUGAAUGUAUCUUGAAAAACUGCUGCACAUGCAUUUAUAAGUGAGAAAAGAAAAGAAAAACUCACCAGUUUCAGACUCAAGAGCUCUGCAAAUGAUGAAACGGGGUUGAAUGAAGAAAAGAGUAAAGAGAAAGAGGAAGCUGAAGAAGCCCAUUUUGAAGCGUUUUAAUGGGUUGCAGAAGGGUGUCGAUAUAUAUGUAUACACAUUGAUACAGAGUCCUCUGUUCACGUAUUUUCUUUACUCCAACAGCUGCGACUGUUCGGUGGUUUUUGCCACGCGCGAACAGUAAGCGCGUGAUUCUUGUGGUCCAUAACGGCAACGCAACAGACCUAGUAAUGGCGAUUUCUUCCUCCAGCUUCCACUCUCCACUCUGAUUUCUUCAGAUUGAUUGGCUUGGUGGAUUGGUGGCUUUGAGUGUUUCAGACAGUUUGGCUUGGUGACUUUGAGAUGGCAGGUGUUGAUAAUGAAGUUCUUAUUAUUGAGAAUACCGAUGAGGCUUCUGUUUAGAUUCAAAAGCAUGAAGAAAUUUUCAUUGAACUUAUGGAAGAAAAAGUCUUAAAGGAAAAUAAGAAUACCACAACCUUCACCAAGCAAUCUUGGAAAUAUGAUCUUUAUUUUACUAUGUAAACUUUCUUGAUUUUGUGUUAUUUCGUGGAUAGAUAUUAAGUUUUGAAAUUUGAGAUUAUUUGAAUA